UGCCGCACAGGACUAGACGGAAGGUCGAAAAAAAACCAAAACAGGGAGAUCAUGUUCAAUUCUCAGUGAACUCCUCAUGUGAUCCGACAACAAAAAUGGACCCGUUGCGAAGAGCCCAGAUUAUCCUACUGUGUGACUUCUGUAAAACUGCCCACCUACAGAGUCACUGUGAACGUUGUGAUAUAAAUCUAUGCCUGACCUGUGUUGGGGAGUACCUCUCGGAUACGUCUAUAAGACACAAAGUCGUGCCUUAUAAAUACAGAAAGUCUCUUCACUACUCAAAAUGUCCAGACCACGCCGAUGAACAUUGUAAACAUUACUGUGAGAGAUGUGACAUUCCUGUCUGUUCUACCUGCGUCUCCUCAAGUAAACAUGAAGGUCACGAUAUAUCAGAUAUUCUGGGAAAAUUCAGCGCUAAAACAGAAAGUUUACAGAAAGAUCUGGAAGAACUCGAGACCAGAAUGUAUCCGCUAUAUGAAGAAAUGGCCUUCGAUUUCCAAACUGAGAAAACCGAAUUAGAAACAAAUUACGGGAAACUCACCACAACUGCUGACCAACAUGGAGAAAUCCUACACCGGGAGAUUACCGCCAUUGUCAACCAGCGGAAAUCUGACAUUCAGGAGAUGAAAAACAAACACCUAUCUACCCUGAAUAAAAAUACAGAAGAAAUCACACAGAAAUUUACUGAACUCAAACAAAUCAUUUCCGACUUGAAAUCAAUCUUAAAAUCAAAUAACGUUUCCUUAACCUCUACUUACAAAUCUAGGAAUUCCGAAUUUAGAACAUUACCGCUUAAAGUCCGAGUUACAGUACCAAGUUUGUCUGCUCAGAAACUAAACAAAGAUCACCUCAAUGAAAUGUUUGGUUCUCUGUCGCCAUUAUCCAUUAACACAGAACAUGGCAACACAAUGAAGUCAGCAGAAGCUGUAUCGUCUCCUCCAGUCAAUCCACUACUUGAUGACCGGUGCCUCACCCCCACAAUAGACACUGGGUUUAACUAUAUAUACAGUGUUAGCUGUCUGAGUGAAGAUCAAGUCUGGACAUGCGGGGAUAACGAAACCAUGAAGCUGCUCAACCUCCAGAGUAAACUACUGACAUCAAUACAAACCAAGUCAGGGAACGAACCAGAGGACAUAGCAGUGACACGGGACGGAGAUCUUGUUUAUACUGACCCUAUAAAUAGAACUGUGAACUUAGUGAAGAAUAAACAGAUACAGACCGUGAUCACACUACAGGGGUGGAGACCUGGAAUUAUCUGCAGUACCACCUCUGAUGAUCUUCUGGUUACCAUGAUCAGUGAUGAUAAAAAACAAUCCAAAGUCGUGCGUUACUCCGGCUCCACAGAGAAACAAAGCAUUCAGUUUGAUGAUCAUGAUCGUCCUCUCUAUUCGUAUGGUUAUUUUAUCAAUAACGAUAAAUACAUUUGUGAGAACAGGAACAUGGAUAUCUGUGUGGCUGACUUUGGUGCUAGUUCAGUAGUGGUGGUCAAUCAGUCAGGAAAACUCCGAUUUAGAUACAUUGGUCAUCCGUCGAAUACCGAGCAAUCAUUUGAUCCAGUCGGCAUCACUACAGACAGCCAGAGUCACAUCCUGACAGGAGACAUUGUCAAUAAUCGUAUCCACAUCCUAGAUCAGGAUGGACAGUUCCUCCGUUACAUUCACAAUUUAAAACUUCCAUUAGGUUUAUGUGUGGACAUCAGAGACAACCUCUUUGUGGCUGAGCGUGACACUGCUAAAGUGAAGAUAAUUCAAUAUAUAUAAGCACAGUGUUAAUUACACAGUUCAACACAGUACUAAUUACAUGUCUGAAACAUGUUCAUUACAUAUCUAAACACAGUGUAAUUUACAGCAGCUUGUUAAUUAAAUCUAUUUGUGUUAACUUCAACCCAAUGUAUAUUACAUUCCUGUGUUGAUAACAUUCCUGUGUUAUUUACAUUCCUGUGUUAAUUACAUUCCUGUGUUAAUUACAGUCCUGUUUUAAUUACAACACUGUCUCUACAAAUAAUGCAUCUUCAGUGAUGCUCAACUGAAAUGAUUGAAAUCCGAAAUAUCAAUGAAGUUUUAGAUCUAUUAUAUGGAAAAACAGUGUGCCAAAAAAGUGGAGUCAAAUUCGUUUAAAGAUAAGAGCUCUGCGUAAGGGAGAUAAUCCCUAAUUUUGAAAUGAAUUUCUAAAUCUUAUAACCGCAAUUAAAUAUACAUCCGUAUUUUCAGGCUAGUAACGAAGUGCUUAGCUACUGGGUUGUAAAGAUCCUCGGGGACUAACAGUCCACCAGCAGAGGCCUCGACCCAGGGGUUAUGAUGUAAAACUUAUACGGUACCAAUGUUGAUGCACCUGAUGCGCAUUUCGACAAAUAAUGUGUCUUCAGUGAUGCUCAACCGAAACGUAUUUUCAAGCUAAUAACGAAGUACUUAGCUACUGGACUGUCGUAAAUUGAUAAUAUAAAUAAUUGCAGUAAGUUACAAGUUUUAGAAAUUAAUCUCCAAAGUAUUGUGGGUUUUUUUCUGAUCGUGUAAUUUAUAAUACAUGAAUAUAGAGGAGGAAAGAAGACAGUUAUAUUAAAAUCACAUUGCUAAUAUUCGUGAGAAAAUAGCAGUUGUGGACACGUUCAUGCUAUCAAAACUCUGGUAUACUGGGCUUCUUCAAGAUCUAAAGAAUGUAUGUACUAAUUGACUGUUAUUGUUAUCAAAACCCCUCUCUGGGAUUCCUCCAGAUCACAGUUUCUGCAGAUGUCACUCCACCUGAGAUCUAUUGUUAAAUGUUUGAAUGACAGAAGGCUUACCAUUUUGGGAGUGUUAACUUAAAAUUGGGUCUUUAACUGUGUCACUAGUUAUCUACUUAUACACAAUCCUUUGUGGACUAAUUUACUGUGUUACUAGUUAUCCAUAUACAAUAUUUUGUGAACCUAUUUUACUGUGUUACUAGCUAUCUAUAUGUAAUAUAUUUCUAUCUUAUCAAGUCUUUUGUGGAAUAAUUUGACUGUGCUACUAGUUAUCUAUCUAUAUACAAUAUUCUGUGGACCAUUUUGACUAGUUGGCUAUCUCUAUACAAUCUUUCGUGGACUAAUUUGACUGUGUUACUAGUUAUCUUUAUACAAUCCUUUGUGGACUUUGUUAUCUAUAUAUAUAUAUAUACAAUCUUUUGAGGACUAAUUUGACUGUGUUACUAGUUAUCUAUAUACAAUAUUGUGUGGACUAAUUUGACUGUGUUACUAGUUAUCUAUCUAUAUACAAUCUUUUGAGGACUAAUUUGACUGUGUUACUAGUUAUCUAUAUACAAUAUUGUGUGGACUAAUUUGACUGUGUUACUAGUUAUCUAUCUUAUGCAAUCUUUUAAACAAACGUGAAUAAUUGUGAAACACUUAGGAUUUUGACAUUGUCAGUAUUUUAUGUGUAGCCUUGAAUUAUAGUACAUCCAAAACACUUACAUAUUAUUUGGAUGUGCUUGUUUUAGUGUGAAAAACUACUAAUUGAACAUUAUUCUGUUUGUUAAUUAUGUGUUUAUUUUUCAAUAUGUAUAUUAGAUAAACAUGAUACAGAG